GUUCGGGUCGCAUUCGAAUUAUUAAUUAUUUUUGAAUAUAUAAUGAAUUUAAUAGCUAAUGGAAAAGCGGACCAUUACGCAGAACAUAACGUUGCAAGUAUGUCUUAUCCAGAACCGUCUCCGAUUGAACAAUUGAAUUGGUUGAUACACGUCCAACAUGUUAGAGGUGAAAUUGCUAGUUGUAAACGAUUGAUUAAGGAAAAUAUCACAAAAAGCCAUGGGAAGAAUGAUUAUGCUUACCACAAAGAAGGAACGAUAUUGCGUGAAGAAGGUAAAUUGCAGGAAGCCUUAGAAGCAUUUCAGAUUUGUCAUAAAUUAAAUCAAGAUGAUACGGGACAUGUGAAGGAAAUUGCAAAAUGUUUGUAUUUGCUUCAACGAUACAGACUGGCCUUGGAGGCGUAUUUGGAAGCGGAGAGAGCGUCUACGAAACCCGACUGGGAAAUAUUUUACAAUAUCGCUCAAUGCCUUAUUUUGAUGGGAAAACCAGAAAAAGCAAGGGAGUACGUACAGAAAUCCCUUCAGUAUGAUAAACAAGAAGAUUCUUAUGCGCUUUUAAUAAAAAUCUUGCUACAAGAAGGAGAAAUAAAAUCUGCAAUUACAGUUUGCAAUGCGGCUUUGGAAAACUGCCCGGACAGUAUAGAGAUGCUUACUCAAUCUGGUCUGCUAUAUUUGAAGUCUGGACAAACGCAGCUAGCGUUCGAAAGGCUUAGCUCUGCCCUGGCCUUAGAACCGACGUGCUCACGAGCCCUGUUGGGAAUCGGAUGCAUCACGCAGUUACAUGAAGAAUACGAUGUCGCUUUAACAAAAUACAAAUUGGCUAUACAGACCCAAUCCGAUUCGAUAGCAUUAUGGAAUAAUAUAGGAAUGUGUUUUUAUUCAAAACAGAAAUAUAUUGCGGCGAUUGGUUGUUUAAAAAAAGCUUUAUGGUUGUCUCCUUUAAAUUCACGUGUUUUGUUGAAUCUGGGGCUUAUUCAUUUAUCAAUUCAACAACCUGCAUCUUCUUUUAAUUAUUUAUGUGCAGCUACUAAUUUAAAACCUGAUUUGGCGUUAACUUAUGUUAUAUUAGCAUGUGCGUUAUUUUCUUUGGAAGAUAAUGAAAGCGCUUUAAGAGCUUUAAAGCGGGCUUUUUCUUUAGCACCAGAUCAACCGUUGAUUCAAUUAAAUACAAGCGUUUUAUUGUACCAUAAUGGAAAUUAUACGGAAGCUAAGAAUUUGUUAGAAAAAUUUGAAGCAAGUAAUUUUAAAAAUGAAGAAAUGUUUAAACUUGCUGCUAAAUUAAAAGUUGUGUUAUCAAAAUUAGUAAAAGAGGAAAAUCAAGAUGAACCUGAAUAUGCAGAAAUUAAUGAAGAAGAAAACGUUCGAGGUUUAGAAGUGUUUGGUGGUGGAAUAGAACAUGUUGAAAAAACGUUAUCUGAUACUGAAUUGGAUCCAGAUGAAGUAUAA